AUGGGAACAAGUAGGUUCAACAGGUACGGCAUUGUGUCAGACAUUUUAUCGGAGGAGCCACGCCAGAAGAUCGCCAGCUCAGGACUCCAUAACGGCCACAGUUCCCUCAACUUCCGACUGCACUCGCCCUGCCACGCCGAGACAGAAGACAGUAGGAAGAGCUCGGGAGCCUCUGCUGCUGUGCCGAGCACAAGGGGACAAGGAGGGAUGAAUAACUACAACGGGAAGAUUCUGACAAGGGGCUCCAGCCAAGUACGGAGCCGGUUUGUAAAGAAGAACGGACAAUGUAAUGUUCUGUUCACCAACAUGGAUGAAAAGAGGCGGCGCUACCUAGCUGACAUCUUCACCACCUGCGUGGACAUCCGCUGGAGAUACCUGCUGCUUAUAUUCUGCGCCAGCUUUCUGGUCUCGUGGCUUUUCUUCGGCAUCAUCUUCUUCAGUGUCUCCCUGGUGCACGGGGACUUUGAGGAGCAACCGAUGGUGAAGGGCGACGGGCUGGCGGUGGCAGGGCUGCACGGGCCCACCUCUGGACACUCAUCUGGAGGGCCGACACCAAGGAUGCCCUGCAUACUCCAUGUCCGCGGCUUCGUCGGGGCGCUCCUGUUCUCCAUGGAGACACAGACCACCAUUGGUUACGGCUGGCGCUGCGUUACCGAGGAGUGUCCGGUCACUGUGAUGACAGUGGUCGUCCAGUCCAUUGUGGGCUGCAUCAUUGACUCUUUCAUGAUUGGAACCAUCAUGGCUAAAAUGGCACGGCCAAAGAAGAGGAACCAGACACUUGUGUUCUCCAAAAAUGCUGUCAUCGCCCUGCGCGAUGGCAAGCUGUGCCUCAUGUGGAGGGUCGGCAACCUGCGGAAGAGCCACAUCGUGGAGGCUCAUGUCCGCGCCCAGCUCAUACGUUCAUACGUCACAGCUGAGGGAGAGUUCAUCCCCUUGGAGCAUAUGGACCUCAAUGUGGGCUACGAUGAGGGCACGGACAGAUUGUUUCUAGUAUCCCCGCUGGUUAUAAUCCACGAGAUAGAUAAAGACAGCCCCUUGUACACUUUAAGCCGAUCUGAUCUGGAGGCAGAUGACUUUGAGAUUGUCGUUAUCUUGGAGGGGAUGGUGGAGGCCACGGCCAUGACCACCCAGUUCCGUAGCUCCUACAUUGCCAGAGAGGUCUUCUGGGGUCACAGGUUUGAGCCUGUGAUCUAUGAGGACCAGGACCGCUACAAGGUAGACUACGCUCGCUUCCACAAGACCUACGAGGUGCCGUCAACGCCCCACGUCAGCGCUAAAGAGCUCGAAGAGGUCGCCAGCCGGGCCUCCUCUGCCGCUUCUGCCGUCCCGGCCUACAGAUCCACCCAAGACUUGAUUCCCAGAUCGCUGAGCGCCUUUUGUUAUGAGAACGAGGUGGCACUGAGCUGCGGGGAGGACGAGGAUGACAUCUUCGACGCCCAAGUUGUGGGGAAGGAGAGGGCAGAGGAGAGGAAGACUUCAGUGUCUGUAGACUUCCAAAAUAUGUUCCAGGACACAGCGACCAUGACAUCAGGCAGUCACAGCGUCAUGUGUGUGCUGGACAUGGACAACAACCAGAUGGAGUUUGACAUCCUACAGACGGCCAUCCCUCUUGAUCCAGUGUCCUAUAAGAGUGAGCAAGACAUUUAA